CGGUUUGGAGAGGAGGAAGAGAAAGAAGGAGGGAGGGAUUUGUUAGUCACACAUCCUUUAUAAGUCUGUAACAUGGGGGAGUGUCAAGUAGCCUAUUCACAGUUUGUCUGGAUGGAGUUAAGAACCUGCUUUACUCUAACUCUGACUGAAAUUGUAUAAUUUAGCUAAAUGACACAAGAGCACAGGCAAUACGAUGCAACAUAGAGACUGAUGUUACUGUAGACAGCGCUCAGGACUGAGGAUUUAGGAGGAGACUUGACUGGAUGUUGGUCUAACUGUGGCAGCAAGUUGAAAAAGGAACCUCAGGACAACUGGAGAUGAGGGGAAUGAUGUGGGUUUUUGCUGUAUUCAUCCUCUCGGUGUAUGAAACAUGGAGUCUGGACACAGGAUCUCCUCAAAGCACUUUGAUGAACACUUCUUCAUCUGCUCCUAAAGUUUAUGUUGUCAGAAAUGCAUCUUUCAAUCUGGGGAGCGAUGUUAACCUGACAUGCAGCAAUGAAUCGAGGAGUGAGAUAAUGUUUGUAUUGUGGAAAAUAGAAUUGAAAUAUAAAGACUGCAGAAUUGCCCACAGUAAUGAUGGCCAAAGUGAAGACUCCUGCAAUGAUGGCAAGUCUCUCGAAAACACACCCACUAUAUACCUGCACAUCCCAAACUUCUCAAAUGAUGAUGUGGGAACCUACCAGUGCGAGACGGUUUACACAGGAGGAGCUGAUGCUCAUAUGAUCAACGUGGAUAUCAUAGCUCCUCCCAGUAUAUCAGCCUGGUUAGAGCGGAAGGGCAAUAAGACGGUUGCUGUGUGCAAAGCUGAAAGUGGAAAACCUGCUGCCAACAUUAGCUGGAGCCAUCUAGAAAAUUCAUCAUCUUCAAAAACCUGGCUUGGCUCAGAUGGAUUCUUUAUAGUAGAAAGCCGCCUGGAACUCCCUGAAAACAUGGAUCCAAAAAACCUGAGCUGCACAAUCAGACAUCAAUCCUGGGAAGGGGAGAAAACUUUGGUACCAAAAUUCACAAAAGGUCAGCCUGGGGAGCACAAGGAUUCUCAUUUUACUUUGAUAUGCAUCCUCACGGUUGUAAUAAGCAUUGCAGUUUUGGCUGGAAUCUUAUUCUUGGCACAAAAGAAACUAACAAUACUGAGGUGUAGCAAGCAGGCAGACACAUCACCAUCCAAACCUCUGCCGACGGCAGAGGAUGUGGAGGAAGUGGAGCCAUACGCCAGCUAUGUUCAACGUGUCAACUCUAUCUAUAACUCAUAAAAAUCCUGCACAUGCAUCACAUUCACACGCACACACACUCACUCACACACACACACACACGUGCGCACACACACACAUAAUGCACAUGGCUCUCUGUGAGAAACUGAAGGCUGUGAAACUGAGAAAUGGUGAAAUAGUAACCAGAGAGGAGAGUGAGAUGAAAGAUUUUCCGACAAGAGAGGGAGCCUCACAGUUGAAUUCUGUCCUGAUAAACUUGACUGAUGGAACGGGGGAUGUACCUAAUGUCACACACUGGCCCACAUGCACAGUACAUGCAGCCCACUACUCGCUGUGUGGGCCUUUACGUAGAACAUUAACAAUAACUACACAUGCAAUGAACUGCUCAAUGGGAAUGAAUGCCGUCUUCAGCUGUACGCAGCGGCAGCGUGCCAAGACUACAGACCUAUGGAUUUUUGAUGAUGCUGAUAAAAUACGUGUACUGCAAUUAUAUAUGAUUACACAUAUUUAUUGAUGAACUGUAAAUAGAAGCUGCAUCGAUCUCGAUGAAGUUAAUAUUAUGUAAAGUAUUACGUAAAGAUAGGUUCAAUCAUAUAACCCUCUCAAUGUUCAUAUGGACGUGUCAGUAUGUUUUUAUGAUAGACUUUUGAAUUGUUUGUCUAAUUAUGUAAUUACAUGUAUUAAAAAUACAUCUUACCUCAACUGUAAAAAACAAACCACACACUCAUGUUGUUUUAAGUAGGUUACACAAAAUUAAUAAGAACACUAAAAAUAGUACAUAGGUAUGUGCAGGGUGUAGUCAUACCCAAUGAUAUGAUACAAGUGUGAAAACCAGUGUGUGGUUUUGUUUUUCACUGCAGUUACUAUUUAAAAAGGUUACAUUUGGGAUUAGAUCAAUGUGACUUGUUCAUUCUUAGUGGACAUUCAUCAAAAUGGCGACAGAUGCUCGGUUUAACAUCCACCUUUUGUCACAUGAUUGAUGAUUGCCAGCACAGGAUGAUAAUCUAAAUAAAUGGUGAGUUUCCAAAUUCGGUUCACUACUCUCACAAUGACUGUAAACCAAUUUCUGAAGAAACUGAUCAGUGAUAUAGGAAAUUCAAACUGGAAAAAGGGACUUUUCUGCCAUCUAGUGGUGUAGAUCAUAACACAAUCUUACAUCAGAGCGAUCAUGUCAUGUUCAAGUGAAGCUGUCUGAAUAAUAGCUAAUAAUAAGUACAUAAAUGUAGCACUGACUAGGUGCCUCCAGUAUUUACUACUGUAACAUUAUAUUCAAUAGCAGUUAAUGAUGGAUAUUUGAGUUAUGGGAAGCUGAUACUUAGAAGCCUUGUGAGUAAUACUUUAUAAGGGUACAACUCACACUUAAGUAACACCUAGCUAAUGCAUAAGCUAUGAUGAUUUCAUGCAUGAAUAACUGAAUUGCACACUUUAUGUGAUUAGUUAACAUUUAAUAGAUAGUCAAUUAAUGAAUGCUGACAUCGAUAUGCCACCAAAUUAGCUGAAUUCCAGUUAUAGUAAAGAGCAUUUUAUACUCAUGCAUUUGAUCAGCCUCUAUGAAGCUGCAUUUUUCUUUUAUCAAACUGGUAGUCAGACGCAAACAUCUAUAUGUUGCUGCAUGAGCCAAUGUUCUUUAUGCCAUGUUUACAAGCCAGCAACACUAGAUGGAUGUAUUGUACAUGAUAGGGUUGUAUCAUGCUUUAAUCUUAUACUCACAGUAACUGUGGGUAUAAAAACUUAUAAUUAAUGUAUGAAGUGACUGUGAUAAUGUGAUAAUCAUAGUAACUUGAUCAUGUCUUAAUGGAGAGCAACAUGAAUUAAUGAUACAUCCUGUAUCAAUUCAUGCUUGAAAUCAUCAUGACUUAUUUUCUGAGUAUAUUAUUUGUACUCUUAUUAUAAAGUGUUAUUGCCUAGUGCACAGCCAGGGUGCAGACUUCCCUUUGAAUUCUGCUAUUAAAUCAGAGGCUGCAGCAACUAUGACUUAUCGUCCCUUCACCCUGAUUAUUUAGUUGUACAUAUAAAAAGGGGAAGCUGUUUUGUUUUUUAUGUAUUUCUGUCCACAGAACUCGACACACUUACACAUACAGAUUCUUAGUUUUUCACUUGUAGCAAAGAACCUUAUUAAAAGUUUGACCUUAAAUUGAA